AUGUCAGGUUCAGGAAUAUCUAAAGACACCAUGGACGCGACAGAUGUGAUGUUUCACUUGGAUGGAGUGGCACAUUCCAUACCAUUGCCUUUAUUCCCACCCGAGGAUCUAAACUCUCGUGUCUCUGAGCUUCUUCGUGCUACACGAUCUUUCCUUGAUAUCGACCUUGACUGGAUAUCCUCUAAUAUCGAGGAUCUCCAACAACAGAUCUCGGUAUACGACACCUUGUUAGACCGCAUCGAUGAAAUCAGAUCAAAGGUGCAAAGCCAUCUCGAUGAAGUUCAGAGCGAUGUUCUUCAAUCUGUGUUUCGCAAGAUGCAUAUCUCACAGUGGCAGAACGCUGGAAAAGCAAAACAGAAAGAUGGCGAGGUGUUGGAUUUUUCACAGGCUCCGUGGGUGCUUAGUCGUGUAUGUUUUCACUUUCGGUCCCUUCAUUUAAUGGACAUGCCCGACCGCCAUUCCUCCCCUCGUCAUACGAUCGACGCACUAAAAGCCAUAAUUCAUCGUUCGGAACAGCAUCCUCUCGACAUAGUGUUCAAACUCGAUCCUGAUGGUGAUGGAGAUAUGGCCGUUGAAGCUCUUUCCGUGAUUGCCAAGGAGUCAUAUUGGUGGAAAACCUUGCAGCUCUGUACAUUCUUGAGGUUGUUGGAGUGGUUGAAGGUGGUUCGUGGAAAGAUUCCUUCUCUGGAGUCUUUCACUUUGACCGCUUUAGAUAUGUCUGGAAUCGACAGAGCAAACGUGUCUGAAGUAUCUUCGCUGAAGCUCCUCGUCUUCAAAGGGUGA